AUGCGUCUCUUUGUGACUCUUUGCACGCUCCUCGCCUUGGCACAGGCCAAGCCGCAAGGCUACAACUAUGGCAGCGGCGUCUCUGGUACUCUGACCACCACGGGCGGUGGCGGUCACAGUGGCUCCUUUCUCAGCGCACCUAGCGCCGCCCAAAAUGUUGCUAGCUAUGGACCACUGGGUGCCUUCCAGGGUGCCAGUGUUGGCUCUCUGCUAAGCAGCAGCGGCUCCGGCGCCGGCUCGGGAUAUGGUCAGCCCGGCAGCACGAUUGGUUUUGGCGGCGGCUCAUCCUCGAACUAUGGUGGCGCUGCUCCAUUUGUGGGCAACACUUAUACCCAAAGCAGCGGCGGCUACAAUGGCGGACGUACCACCUCUGGCUUUGGCGGCGCCAGCUAUGGCGGCGUUGACAGUGCCGCGAACAGUUUCGCCGGGUUUGGACCCACGCCCAACAUUGGUUUCGGGGGCCUUGCCGGCUACCAGGCGCCCAACAACCAGCAUCAACAGCAGGAGGAGCAACGCGUUGCCUUUGAAGCACCGAUUGUGCACAAACAGUUCAUAACUGUGGCCGCGCCCGAAGAGCAUGAGAAUCUGGAGCGUGUCAAGCAUCUGGUUAUUGGUCGUCCCCAGAAGAACUAUCGCGUCGUCUUCAUCAAGGCGCCCUCGUCGAGCAACGCCAACGUAAAGCUAUCGGCCGAGUAUGCACCCAAGGAGGAGAAGACUGUCAUCUAUGUGCUCAGCAAGAAGGACUCUACGCUCGAGGUCAACGAUAUUGCAACACCUGCGCCCACCAUUCCCAGCAAGCCCGAAGUCUUCUUUAUCAAGUACAAAACCGAAGCAGAGGCAUCUCAUGCCCAGCAGCAGAUUCAGGCCGAAUACGAUCGCAUCGAGGGCACCUCGGAGCACACCGAUGGCGGCGUGGCACCUGCCCAAUCUGUCGUUGGCAUAUUGGAUGCCGGUAGCAACGGCUCUGCUGGCGGCCAAACUCGACAGCGAAAAAAGAUCAAGUGA